ACGCUUUAGUGUGUGCUGGUCAGUCGCCGUUAUGGUUAGGAGGUGGUGCGUUAUGUCUGCCCUCCCUGGUUGAUUCUACCAAAUGUGAAGUCGGAAUAUUUAAUCUAAACUACAGGCGAAAACAACUUCUGUCGGCGUGGCCAAAUAAAAUUCACCUCCGCAACAUUGAUCAUCAUUGAUGCUGCAGGGAAGUUGCGACCAUGCGUUGCCUGGCAGCUCGAGUCAACUAUAAGACCCUUAUUGUUAUCUGCGCUCUUUUCACACUCAUCUCUGUGUUGCUGUGGAAUCGCUGCACUAGUAACACCUCCCUACGUUUUUUGCCUCGACCCGCAUUUGUGGGACCAAGUCCCAAGGAAAGCAGCCAACAACACCCUCCACAACCUCCAGAACCUCCACCUGUUGUCGGUGGCAUCAAGUAUGAGGAAAUUGACUGCCAGAUCAAUGAUGAAUCCACAAUCAAAUGCCGCCGUGAGGGUGGCGAUGUCUAUAUGCCCUUCGGUUGGAUGGAAAAAUACUUUGAGGUGUCUGGCAGAGUGGUCCAGUAUGAUGGCUAUGAGCGCUUUGAGUUUCAACAAAGUUACUCAAAGGUUUAUGCCCAACGGGAGCCAUAUCACCCAAAUGGAGUCUUUAUGUCUUUUGAGGGCUACAAUGUGGAGGUCCGUGACCGAGUGAAAUGCAUCAGUGGAGUGGAAGGUGUGCCUCUGUCUACUCAGUGGGGUCCUCAGGGCUACUUCUAUCCCAUCCAGGUUGCCCAGUAUGGCUUGAGUCAUUACAGCAAAAACCUAACAGAGCGUCCACCCCACCUGGUGGUGUAUGAUACAGCCGAAGAGAGAGAUAGCCGAGCCAGCGUGGCAACAUGGAGUGUGCCCAAGGGCUGCAGUUUCAGCCGUGUCCAGGACAAGAGUCGAGCCACCUCAGUUCGCCAGUUCAGUACCCCAGAGUCAGAGGCAGUAUCACUCCUUAUAGAUAACACCAAAGACUUCAUCCUCAGCUUGGACAUCAAGUUCACCUCCAACGGCAGCUUGUCUGUGAUCCUCGAGACUACAGAGAAAGGCUCGCCCUUCACCAUCCACUAUGUUACCAAUACGCAACUCAUCGCCUUCAAAGAUCGUGAAAUCACCUACGGCAUAGGGCCCCGAACCACAUGGAGCACCCUUAUGCGUGACCUCCUUACAGAUUUUAGGAAAGGCGUUGGCUUGUCUAACACCAAGGCUGUCAAAGCCACUAAGAUCAUGCCCAAGCGAGUUGUUCGAUUACUUUUGCAAGGACGGGGAUUCGUUGACAACGUCACGGUCUCCACGACUGCCCACAUGGCCGCCUUCUUUGCCGCCAGCGACUGGCUAAAGCGGAACCAGGACGAACGUGGCGGCUGGCCCAUCAUGAUCACACGUAAGUUGGGUGACGGCUUCCGGCCUCUUGACCCUGGCUGGUACUCGGCAAUGGCCCAAGGCCAGGCCAUGUCCACCCUUGUGAGGGCCUACCUCGUCACCAAGGACCGCACUUACCUCAACGCUGCGCUGAAGGCAGUCGGACUUUAUAAGGUGCCGUCGGCGCAGCACGGGGUCAAGGCUGUAUUCAUGAACAAAUAUGACUGGUACGAAGAGUAUCCCACCUCACCGGGUAACUUUGUCCUCAACGGCUUCAUCUACUCCCUGCUGGGACUCUACGAUUUGAGCGAGACAGCCGGUGAAACGCUGGGCAAGGAGGCCAGGCAGCUGUUCAGUCGCGGCAUGGAGUCGCUGAAGGUCAUGCUGCCGCUCUAUGACACCGGGUCGGGGAGCAUCUAUGACCUGCGUCACUUCAUUUUGGGCACUGCACCCAACUUGGCUCGCUGGGACUACCAUACCACGCACAUUAACCAGCUCCAGCUGCUGGCAUCAAUAGAUAAUUCUCCGCUCUUCAAGGAUGUGGCGAAGCGCUGGAAAGGCUACUUGAAAGGCAAUCGCGCGAAGCACAACUAGAUAGAUUCGAACAUCUAACGUGUGAAUCGAGGCUUGAGUGAAUGUGAAUGUGAGUAAGCUUGUGAUGUGCGUCACUCUGUAGGCGUUGAAGUGUCGAGUGUUUUUUUUUUCUUCUUUAAAUCCCAAGGAUGUAUAAGUAGCUGCAGCUUUCAACAUUAAGAUGAGUGCGCUCUGUUACGGGUGUUGUGUUCUCUGCUGCACCGUUUGUAGCACGCCUUUUUGGGAGGAGCUCGGGUUAUGCACAGUCUUAACUUAACAUGCAUUUUUUUGUCUUCAGAAACUGAUUUGAAAUAACUUGGAAUGCAUUUUUUUGUCUUCAGAAACUGAUUUGAAAUAACUUGAAAUGGUGGGUCCAUUUGUGCCAUUUUUCAAAUUUCAUUCUAGAUCAGUGGUAUUUUUCAAAUUUCAUUCUAGAUCAGUGGUUCUUAACCUGGGUUCGAUCGAACUCUAGGGGUGAGUCGGUCUCAGGGGUUCUGCACUACGGAGGUCCGAACACCUGGUUUAUCGUGUAAAUUCGUGAUGACGCAUAUGGUCUCGCUAAGGCAACAACGGAAGUCACACUGAUGUACAGGUAUGGAAUUUGUUGUGAGUUCAUGCAUUGCGUUGGUUUUAUUCUUUGAACAAGGUGAUGUUCAUGCACGGCUCAUUUUUUGCACCAGUAAAAAAAAUCUGUCUUGAAUUAGAGUUAUAUAUAUUUUUUUCACUGGUGGGGUUCGGUACCUCCAACAAGGUUAAGAACCACUGUUGUAGAUAUAUGUUGAAAACUAUAUUAAGACAUGUUUGGAAGAGGAAAUUGCCAAAAAAAAAAAAAGGUGAUCACAUAGUAUGCAUUACACUAUCACACACAAACGACAAUACAAAUAACUUGCCCUUGAUUUCCACUGCUUUUCACUGAAAUGGUGGCACCUUAAUUAACCAGAAUGCUGCUAUAGAUGCAAAGGUUAGAGGUCAACAUAAAAAAUAUAGUUGCAAGGGUUUGUGAGGCUCCCAUGUUUGUUUAAAAGUUUGAAACCCUUUUUAUUUUUAACUACAAUCAGCAUACAUGGAAAGAUGUAUCUAUUUAACAAUUUAUCUAUUUUAGAAAAGAGCUUCUAAAUUUGUUGCUUUUUUUAUUUUUCCAUCACCCAAUUUUGUGAGCUGCCGAUGGAAGAUAAGGUAAAUGAACACACUAGCAUUUGCACUACUGGCUAAACGGAUACAAACGGUCAAUAAUCAAGGUGGGCAAUAUCUGCCAAGCCUAUUUUAGCAUGAUUUCAAAUUGGUUAAGAUUUGCUCAGUUCAGAUUAUGAGGUUCUUGCAAUCAAAUAUGUCGGAAAGACUUAGCACGGCUGUUUCGAUAAAAGGGUUUUUACGCUUUUUUUCCCCAAUUGGGCGUUUUUCUUGACUGAUUUGGCAUGGACACUAAAAGUUGUUCUCUCAUUACAACUCACCAUUCCAAUUUGUAAAUUCGGCAGACAAAUGUAGUUGGUUGAGACAAUUUUCAAAUAUAGCGAUGUGAACGUUUUAAAUGCCUAAGAAGCCUGAGGGGACUUAUUGAGGGUCUUAAACACCCCCAAGUAGAUUCUCAUUUCCCCUCAGUGUAUCAUACAUCAAACAUCUCAGCUUUUUUUAAUUGUGUAGCCAAACUGAAAGUCUGAGUCUUGCCAAGAAACCUGCACUCUUGAAAUUCCUGGUAUAAAAUUGGAAUGACCCAGGGGUUAUUUUACCGAACAAAUUGGUCUUUUUGUGCAAAACGUUCUGAAAAGCUUCUGUCCAAUUUUUUACCCUUUAACCCAGCAAUGUUAAGGGUGUAACCAUUCAAUAAUGGAAUGUGCUGGAGCGCCGGCACACAGUCUGGUAUGAGUCAGCAAAACAUAAAGACUUUCUGAAUGAUGUUACUAUUGACCUUGCAUAAUAUUCACAGUCGAAGCGCGGUUAUCCACUAGCCAGUGAAGCGCCUCUCUGCUUUCAACAGAGACUCUUAAGACACAAAGGUGGAUUUGUUUUCUUAUGGGAAAUUGAACUAAAUAUAUUCCUUAUGACAGUAAUCAGGAGACCGUGCAGCUAAAAAUGUUGUUUUAAGUAAAAAGACCAUGUCAGACUAAAGUAUAUUAAUGCACAAUUAGGAUGGAAAUGGCAGGAGAAUAGAAUAUUAUUGUGCUAUUUUGCCUAAAAUAAUAUCACAAUACAGUGAUGAUGUGAUAACCCACAUUUGUUGGGCUUACCGAGACAUUGAUGUUUGCUAAUGAUGUGAUGACUUUUAGAAACGGUGAGACGCACAAUAAGCAUAAUUGAAUUUAUCGAUACAAUUUUGACAGAAAUACACAAAUGGACUUGUCAUAUUAUUACAACAAAUCUGGUUUGUUCACAGUUUUUCAGGAGUGAGAUAAAACUCGCUUUUAUUUAUUUUUUUCUAAUACAUCACAGUUAGCAUCAUGUAAUAUUUAUUCAUGUGUGUAUGUCAUUUUCAACGUGCCAUACUUGGAGAACUUGCAGGAGUAGGCAGCAGGUUUUUUUUCUUUCAGGUUUAUUUAACUUUUUUUCCCCCAAAGGCAAAGAAAUGUAAUUUUCUGACCUAUUUUGACCUUCAGACAUCAGAUUAUGUUCCGCAAAAUGCCCCUACUUCACUCAUUAACGGACACCGUCAAAUUUAUCCAACUUGAUCCAAGGAUACCAACACGUCGUAGCUUCCAGUCUUGGCAGUUGUUUUUGAUUGUAACUAAAUGAAACGGGUGGCUAGUUGUACAGGAGACAGAAUGUUAAAAAAAACAAAAGAUGACUUUAUUGGUUGUUGACAGUAAAUAGAGACACUAGUCAUAUUAACAAUGAUUCAAUUAACGUGGGUGAGAUGGUUAAAUUGAGGUUAAGUCAGUUGGUUUCCUUUCGUAUUGGUGCUUUACCUUAGUCGAUAGUUUUCUUUGUUGUUGUUAGCAACACGAAACAGUUAAAUCUAAUGAGUUUUUUUUUUUCUAUGAACGCUCGUGCUUGUUUGUAUUUUUGUUUGUAUUUCCUUCGAGUGAACUCAUUUUAAAUGUCACCAUUAGCACAGUAGCUCAAAUUUUUUGUUUUGGUUAUACCAAAGUUGCAUAGUAGAGAAUACUUAAAUGUAUAUAUUUUUGUGCAAAAUAUUUCCAGCAUUUUAUGGACUUCAGUCAUUUCGGAAGAGAACUCCAUGUGACUGUGCCUUUUAACUAAUGCUUGUGCAGAUUCGAGUAAAAUUUGCUCUACUGUUGUUUAAAAAUAGAAAUGGACAAAAAGCUGUACACUCCCAUGAUUUCUUUUUUUUCUCAAGUUCAUUUAAAUGUGGAUUUGGGUUGGGUCUAUUUGUCUCUUUUGUUUAGAGUAAUUUACAGAAGAGUUAAAGGUUUUGCUGUUCAAACAAAAGCACAAGUUCUAUUUAAGAUACUUAAAAAACUGUCUAUUUUUGGCUUUAUUAUUUCUUUCCCAGACGAGGUGCAACAUCUACAUUAAGAAAGCUGCUGUUAUUAUUCAACUAUACACUUUCCUUUACCCUCAUUUAACUUUUUUUUUUCCUCACUAUCUGCUCGUAUAGUCAACCUAAUUUAUGCAAUAAAAUGUUUACUUUGGUUUGUGUCAUUCCAGAGUGGUUCUAUAGACUUCCCAGUCCAAGCACAAUGUGCAAAUGCUAACAUAAAUAGAUGUGUUUAUACUCCAAGUAAAACUUUGUGCUUCAAAACUAGUUUUAUUUUGUUCAACAAAUUUAGAAGGAAGGAAAAUAAAGGCAUUUUCUUGA